CGUAAUGGAUUUCUUAGGGAGCUGAUUCUCCAUCACCGUCAAACACCAUCAAACAGAAAAAUCUUAAAGCCAAUUAAAGUUACAAAUAUCUUCUCGUAUUGUCAUACUAAAUUAUUUUGUUAACACAAAAUGUACACUUCAAUGCAAAAUACAACAUAUUUAACCAUUUGACCAUUUUUUAAAUAUCGGAUAUACUUAGAAUUGAUGUAUUUUUCGGAUAAGUACAGUUUCGGAUAAUUGUACUCGUGUGUUGCUGAAAACAGUGUUGGAAAAAAGUCUACCUGCAAAAAGAAACAUGAAAAAGACAACAUGAUUUGAUUUUUAGUGAAGAUGUCAGAUGAUCAAAAUUUUCGCAAAAAUUUCUACAAGAAAGUGGGCUUUCGAACGUUUGAUGAAAAACAUGCCAUAGAAACACUUCUAAAAGACAAGCCACUUGAUAUUGAUAAACUAAGGCUGUACUGCCUCAGAUGUCCUGUGUCUGCAAAAUACAGGGUUUACUUGUGGAAAGUUGUAUUAGGUGUAAUUCCUGCUAGUCAAGACUCUCACGAGUUUGUUAUGAAAAAUCGUCAGGAGCAGUACGACCUGUUAAAGUCAUCUUUAGAAGUGAUGAGACGAAUACACUGUGACACACCUGUGGUAGAAGUCUUCCUGAAAAUGUUUCUAAUAGAAGAAGGAUUGCUGCCGUUCCAUGACAGUGGGCUUUGCGAUCAGCAUUCCUGCUACAUGAGUAUUGCUCAGCUAGUGUCCCAGAUGGCAGAGAGCAAUAUAGAGGCCUACUGGAUCACCAACAAGUUCUACAGGAUGUUCUCCAGAUCUAUGAAAGAUGUCCUGCCUACUCUGCCAGAAAAAGUGAAGACCCUGUUAAAGAAGGAGGACACAGACUGUAAGCUGUGGAAUCAUCUCGCCAAGCAUGAGCUGUGGCAGAUCUUGCCCCUCAAACGCUGGUUCUCAACUUGCUUUGCUGCAGUCCUCCCUGAGAUACCAUUUGAGAGAGUAGUUGACAAGGUUCUAGGUGGGUCAGUGAUGAUACUGGUGUACGUUGCUGUAUCAUUACUGAUAACAUUAAAGAGACCAUUACUCACCAUGGCAUCCCGAGAAGACAUGAUCCAAUAUCUCACACAGGUGCCAGAAGACACUGGGGACAUCCUUGUUAAUAAUGCCAUUGACUUGUGGGAGAAACAAGGCCACCACAUGACAAAGUCCGACUCUCCGGGCCCUAUUAACAGAUCCCCUUCCUAAGAGACCAUAGCCAUUUGAGAGGGUUUGGUGCCUGAAUAUGGCAACUGAUGGGCUGUGAUCCAUCAAUUACACCACUUGGAGCCAAGACUACUGUGGACUGUUAAAGUAUUCAUACUUGGGGCUGUUUCGCAGUUUAGGGAUAAACAAAGUUUUGUCAGCUUAAUAUAUUAACUGUCCCUUUCAUCAGCAUCAUUGUAGGUAAUCAAUAGAUACAAAUGGGAAAAGUACUCAAUAAUACUAACUGAUGUUUAUUUACUUUAGCAAGUGGAAAAAUCUAGUCACGCAAUUUAACAUUUGAGUCUUGUGGAAAUAAACUUGUUUCUUUGUAAAAAUGACAUGUGUGUGAGAGUUUUUAGCUCACCUGAUUGCUCAGGUGAGCUUUUGUGAUUGGUCUUUGUCCGUCGUCCUUCCGUCAUACAUCCGUACGUCCACAUUUGUUCGUAAACACUCUAGAGGCCACAUUUAUUGUCUGAUCUUCAUGAAAAUUGGUCAGAAGCUUUGUCCCAAUGACUAUUGGGGUUAUUUACCCUCGGGACUUCGGUUAAAAACCAUUGCCCGAGCACACUGCUUAACAUAGAACUCUGCAUAAAAAGCCGAAAACGGCCAUAAAAUGGACAGCCCGAUUUUACUGGGCUGUACCAUUGGUAUAAAUAUAAAACUUUGCAGUGUUGGUGCGGUGCCUUAAUAAAAAUCUAUUGGUUUAAAAAUAUAUAACCUUUACAUGAAGCGUUAAAAAGACGCAGUGCUAUACAGUGAAUAGGCCUAACGCGGUUAAAAAGCGGCGUUUUAAUUGGUUGAUGCGCUUAUAUAACGAUGGCGCUGAUUGGCCGAAAUUUCUUAUUAAGGAUUGCCAGUGGGUCAAUCCGUUUUAAAAUAGAUUUUCCCACGGCUGACUUUGUACUUUUAAGAAAAAGUAAACAAUGAUGGUUGAUAUGCAAAAAUAUAAAUGAAAGAACAAGAAUGAGUUAAUCCAAAAGAACUUGGAUUUGUUUUAUAGUAUUAGAUUACUAUGUUUUUUGUUACAUUACUGUGCUUAUUAUUAAUUUAUAUCAUUCAUAUGAUGUUGUUAUUGUAUGUUAUUCUUUGUAUUGUUUUUUAAGGAGGAGAGAGAGAAAGAAUAGCCCAAUUUUUAUAAGUAAAGAUGGUGAAAACACACAUACUGUUGUAUGUGGCAGCAUCAUUACCAGACCCAUUGUUCAGUAUAUACUGCAAUGGGUUUGUUGGAGUCUUUAGACUUUGUGAUCUGUAGUUUAAAAAUUUGAAUCCAAAUAGGACUAUUUAAUAUAUUAAUUAUAGAAAAAGGAAUACACAGAUGUGUAAUAUGUUUGUGUAACAAUAUAAUAAUAUUUGAGGGUUUUCCAGAUCACAAAGUGGUUGAACAUUGCCACAAUAUGUUUACAUGCAUAGUCAAGUACCAUUUUUAUGUGUAUGUUUAAAGUUUAAACUAAAUGCCAAACAACAAGAUCUAAUCAUAAGAGAGAUAUGUUUAUAUCUAAGAACAUUUAUUAAUAGGGAUGCCAGAGCCUGAUUUAACAGCUCUCAAAUGUAGAGUGAAGUUGCAUGUGAAAAUGUAAUUGUAUGAGAAGGAAAGGAAAAAAAAAAAAAAAAAAGACAAUAUAUGAUGUCACAUAGAGCGUGUAACUCUCAAUUAUAUAUUAAUAUUGCAAUUAAGUAUUGAGUUAUUAAAAAAUUAAUGAGUACAAGUUUAUGUAUGUGGCUCAAUGUUGAACACUUGCAGACAGGGAAUAUAGCCGUAAUGCUCCAACAUAAGACCCUGUCUGUAUGGAACUUAAGGAGGAUUGGGCUAUAGGAAAGAGAGAUCCCCCCAGAGUGGCAAUAAAACAAUAUUUUAAAAGUGGGUUUAGUAAUAAACCCUUAUGUUAAGGGCAAUAACUUACGUGUCUCCAAACGGUCACCUUCAUAGGGCCACAUAAAAAUUAAGGGUAAGACAAUGUACUUUACAGUUAAAAAUAAGACAGACAGCUAAAUUUGUACAAGAUGUACAUUAUUUACAAUAUGUACAGGACUAUAUGCAUUUAUAUAUUUAAAAUACAUGUUGCCACCCUGGAGGGUUGAAAGAAGGAGAGAUUUUAUGGAAGUGUAGGCCGAUAUGGGUGGGGGAAAAGAAGAGCCAGCAGGGGUGGUGUCACUCAGUUGUACAAGGGAGGUAAUUAUGAUGAUGAAGUCUACAAUGGUUGUUUCCCCUGGACCAGAGGGAGUGCACGGUCAAUAAAAAAUAGUUUGUAUACUAUUGAAGGAAAAUUGAUAAUGGUAAGAUGUAAAAUGGUAAAAAGACCAAAUAUUACCUAGAUACGUUAAGAUAAACCCUAAAAGCUCUAAUCUAUCCAAUAUUAUUAGUAUACUGAUGAUAACAUUGGAAGAAAUAGUACUAAAGUACCUUAUAUGGUAUCCAAGAUGACAAUUAGACAGUAAAACCGAGGCAAUUUGCUAUAUAAAAUAGCAAUUUAAUAUAAAAAUUAGGAUAUUUGCUAUAAAAGUAGCAAUUUUAACAAUUAACAAUUAGACAGUAAAACUGAGGCAAUUUGCUAUAUAAAAUAGCAAUGUAAUAUAAAAAUUAGGAUAUUUGCUAUAAAAAUAGCAAUUUUAACAUGAGUUAAUGCAAUAAUAAUAAAAUUAAGGCAAUUUGCUAUAUAAAAUAGCAGUUUUCACAAAAAUAAGGAAAUUGCUACACAAGAUAGCAGUUAUAGUAAUCCUUAAUGUACUCCAAGGUACAAGAUUAGUACUUUCAACAAGGUCGACAAUACUUUGUCCUAGAUAGGGCUAAAUAGGUGUUUAUAAUGGUAUAAGGCCCUGCACCGUGCACUCCAGUCCGACAUGGUUCUUCGAGUUUGAAGGAGAAAGGGUGGGGUGUCAAAGAGGAAGGGAGGGGGUGCAAUUCAGCCAACAAUCCCAGGUUACUGGACAGCCUCGUCCUUUCUUGUAGUAAGAAAUGCCAUAAAAUAUGAUUGUAUUAAAAAACUGAAAAAUGUAAAUGGUGGACUAACGUCAUGCUCUCAUAAAAAAUGUAUUAAAAUAAAGAAGACCAGGUCAAUGCCAUUGGCCUGAUUUAGAAAGGGCGGGGUAGAACAAUAAACCCAUUAAAAACUAAAAUAAAGGUUGUGUAAAAGCGACACAAAUCCAACACAAUUAUUUGAUUACAUCAGGUUUGUGCAGAGAUUACACAUUUUAAAAAGAAAACAGUCACAAGACUGUAUAAUUAGGUGGGUGUUGGCUGCUCUCCCUCCCCCUAUGACCUAGAUUUUGUCAAUUAUUUGACAAUCUAGUAAGUAUUUGGAGAGGGCAGAGAAGACCGGGCCCCUAGCUGCUCCCUUGGGGUCUAGCACGUUGGUAAGGUUAAAAACUAGUCCAUGGGAGUGCAAUGCAGCUUCAAGGUGGUCCCUCUGCGCCUUAUGGUUAGGACAGUGUAGCAGCAUGUGGGGCGCAGUGAGAGGUUCCUGGCACCUAGGACAUGCAGGGUCUAUACCGAGGACAUACUUUCCUGCGCCACCGGGUAAUAGGGUGGUUCCCAUCCUCAGGCGCGUGAUGGCUCUGUCAAGCACAAUGCUUGCUGAGUAUCUGUCAGGCGGCCUGAGGGUUUUCGCAGGUCUAGUAAAAGUAUGUCGACGGGAAGACAAAUUGUCGGUCCGGAGAUUCCACUCGCCCAAAACAAAUUUCUUUGUCAGGGAGUAGAUCUCAGAAGGUGCCAGGGGUUCCCCAACAUCUACGGCCCCCCUCAAGAGGCCCUCUUUGGCCCCCCUGUCGGCCUGUUCAUUCCCACUGAUGUUGACAUGUGCUGGACACCAUACUAAUGUGACCUUUAGAGAUUUAUCUAGGCACUGUUGAUGAAGUUCCAAAAUGCUAGCUAAAAUAUCAGGCCUAGAUCUGCUAUUUCUGUUUUUUAUGGACUCAAGAGAUGACAUUGAGUCUGAUAAAAUAGCAGUUUUAGUAGGUUUAUUGACCAAUAUCCAGCACAGAGAGAAUUUAAUUGCCAAAAGUUCUGCUGUAAAAAUAGAGAGAUUGUUGCUGAGCCUGUGCGUUUUACUAAUGUUUUUUGAAGGGAUUACAAAAGAGUUGGCUACCAAACCAGAGUUAGGGCAUUUGGAGCCGUCAGUGUAGAUUUUUAGAUGCUCAGCAUACAUAUUAUCUAUAAGAGAGAGAGCUUCUGACUUGAUGAGUUGUGGCAAGUCAGUUUUCGUUAUUUUAUUAGAGAGUGAUAGGUCAACAUCAAUGGGUCCAAGCGUCCAGGGGGGGGCCUUGGAGGGCCUCAGGUCUGCUACAUGUACCUUGUCGAGACCGGCAUCCUCAACCAGGGUCCUAAUACUCGCACCAAUAGGUAGGGCGACAUGCUUACGCUUAAGUAUUUUCCCCUUGACGAAGGUGCCAGUCCCGACAAGUUUGUUUACGGGGUUUGAACCAUGCCGAGACUUAACCCUGGCCCAGAAAUUGAGGGACUGUUGUUUUCUACGCAAGUCAAGAGGUAACACACCGGCCUCCUCCUCUAGCAGUGCACCCGGUGUACAGUUUAGGGCUCUCAGAGCUAUCCUUAGGGCCUUGUGUUGAAUGGCAUCAACCAUUUUUAGGGCGUUUGGCUUAGCACAUGCAUAGAUUUGGGCUCCAUAAUCUAGCUUUGGACGUAUAAGGGACUUGUAGAGUGUUAAGAGGCUAUUUUUAUCUGAUCCGAAACCUGUGCCUCUUAACAUUCUCAUUAAAUUUAGGUCCCUUUCGCACCUUUCUGCCAAAUAUUUAAAGUGGUGAGUAAAAGUUAACUGUUUAUCUAGGUACAUACCUAGAAAUUUCACCACUUUUUCAAAGAUAAUUUUGGUGCCGCCUAAAUUUAAGUCCAAAGAGUGCUGAAAUUGUUCGCCAAAUAGUACUCCUACUGUUUUGGUUGGAGAAAUUUUGAAUCCCCAUUCAAUUGCCCAUUUCCAUAUGGAGUCUAAGCCUGCUUGAGCCCUCUUUUGCAGGCGUAACAUGUUAGACCCCUUUAACCAAGUGCCUGAGUCAUCGGCAAACUGGGAGAUAACCAUUCCUGAGUCUUUUACGGCAUCAGGUAGACCGUUUACGAUGAGGGAGAACAGAGUUGGGGAUAUUACGGACCCCUGAGGGGUUCCGCGAUCAGUUAUGGCUACCUCUGAUAACUCCCCAUCGACCCUGACCUGGAUUUUACGGCCCUCUAGGAAUGCUCUGAGGUAGUGGAAACAGUAUCCAGUGAUUCCAUAGUCAGCUAGCUUUUUUAGUAUGCCGAAGGUCCAUGUUAAAUCAAAGGCAGCCUGAAGGUCCAAAAAAAUUGCUAAUACUGAUUGCCCUUGAUUUUUUGCAGAAAGAAUAUCAUGUUGUAAUCUAGCUAGCUGAUCAAGAGUAGAUCGCCCCUUCCUAAAGCCAGACUGGAAGGGGUUUAGUAUGUUAUUUGAUUCCAAUAAGUGUUCUAAUCUAUUUUUGACCAUUAUUUCUAGUAAUUUACCUGCAUGUGAUGUUAGACUUAUUGGUCGAUAUGAGUUUGGAUCAUUUUUGUCUUUACCAGGUUUAGGAAUUGGAAUCACUGUGGCCUGCUUCCACUCGGGUGGUAUCCUGCCUGUCCUAUACACCUGAUUGAAUAGGUUAAGCCAGAUUUUUAGAGUUAUGGCUGGCAUAUUUUUAAACAUUAAAUAUGCUAUUUUGUCAGGCCCCGUGGCGGUGUUGCUCCUGCUGUUAAUGGCACUUAAUAAUUCUGUAAUAGUGAAAGGUAAAUUGAGAGGCGUGCUAUUAUCCCCAGGCUCAUUUAAAAUAUUUCGGUGCUCAGUCUCAAACCGCUUUUGAUAAUUCAGAGUUUCAACGGGAAGGUUUGAGUCACUGGAGACAGAUUGGAAAUGUCGUACCAAAAAUUGAGCCUUGUCCCUUGGGGUUGUGGCAAUUUCGCCUUUGUAUUUAAGUAGCGGUACAGGAGUGAAUGAAUUUCCUUUAAUUCUGUGAAUUUUUUGCCAAAAAUCCCUAGUAUUUUUCUUAUUAAUGAUAGCUGAAUCACAGAAUUCUUUCCAAUUUUGAGUUUUUGCGUCCAAAAUAACCCGCUUUGCCUGAUUUUCGAGGGACCUAUAAUUAAGAAGAUUAUGCUCAGCGGGGUUCUUUUUAAGGAUUUUUAAAGCAUUUUUACGAUCCUGUACCGCAUUGGAGCACGCCUCAUUCCACCACGGGACCCUAUUUCUGGCUUUGACCUUGCCGGAGGAGACCGGUAUGCUACAUUCCGCCAUGGACAGUAUCCUGCUGGUUAAGUUAAUACAAAACAGAUUAGGAUCCUGGGAGUGAACAUCUUCAAUGGAGAGAUCUGAGCAGAGGUCCCUAAACUGAGCCCAAUUAGCUUUAUCCAAUAAAAACUUUUGCUCCCCUGAGCAUUGGGCCUCAGUUCCCUGUGCAAUAUAGUUGAGCAGGGUAACCUGUUGUGGGAGGUGAUCAGAUCCCAUGGUAUCUUUAACAGUUGCCCAUGCAGACGCACUUGCUAUCCUGGCAUUAACAGCAGUAAGGUCAAUGUGGGAGUUUAAACCAGUGGGGUUUAGCCUGGUUGGAGAACCGUCAUUGAGCAGUAUAAGAUCUUGCUCGUCCAACCAUUCUAUUACCGCCCGACCUUCUGCAUCUGAAUUUAUGGAACCCCAAGCAGGGUGAUGUGCAUUAAAGUCGCCUGUGAAUAUUACAUCAAAGGGUCCUUUAAUGGUCCUUAAUUCCUUAAAGAGGCCGUUCAGAGUUUCAAGAUCACAUCCUCUUGAAUAUAAGUUGACCAGGAUAAGAGGCCGGUUCUUGUCAAUAACCAAUUUAAUUGCUAAUGCCUCAAUAGCAGUGCUACCAUCCGAUUUAAAUUGGUUGUUCACUCCCAGGUGUUCAUAAUUAAUUGUAUUUUUAACAUAUAUGGCAAGACCACCAGCAAUAUUUUGGUUUGAAGUAACAUAAUUCUUAAAUUCGCAGUUAUACCCUGGUAUUUGCUUUACAGAAAUAUUUGAAAAUUUAGUUUCCUGUAAACAUAUAAUAUGGGUAUUAGGGUUGCAGUCAAUAAAAUAUUUUAAUUCAGUAAAUUUGUUGGCGGAAAGACCACCAACAUUGAAUGAUAUUAUUUGCAGGUUACUGUCCAUAGUGGUGCGAAAUUAACUUGCGUUUAAUCUGAUUAAUUGAGUGGUGAGGAGAUUUAACUCCUAGUUUGUGGCCUGCACAGGCCCCUUUGAGUUUCGCGGGGGUCCUGGCAAGCCGAACGUGUUUCUUAUUUGCAGGGCGGGUACCGCUGGCCGGGGGGGGGCAUCCUGGAUCUGCUACUACUAUUGGAGGAUCCCCAGUUCCAGAAUGGAUUUUAUAAGUUAAAAUUUUUUCAGGGGGGAUAACCUUUGUUAUUGAUUCUCUGCAAUUUUUGAAUCGAGAAUCAAUUUUAUUAUAAAUGUAUGAUAUAACUCGACUCCCAGUGGGCCUUUUCUGGUCCUUUAUUAUCUCAGCAACCAGAUCCGCCAGCUCGCUGAGAUAUAUUUUCCUAUAGGUGGGACCUGUUGCUGGCGGACCCUUGAUUUUAAUAAAUGAGUCCCCAGCAAACGAGUUACGUCUGCUGGUGUUGUCGGAAGGGGAGCUCAUUGGGGAUGUCUGGGAGUCGACCAUUCUGGGACGGUUAGGGGGGACACUAACUCGGGGUUCCUCCUCUAUUUCACAGAUACCAGAGAUAGAAGGGUUCUCCAAUAUACUGGAGUGCACUGACACCAGAGAGUCUCUCCCCGUGAUAUCAAACAUAGAGUCGUCCGACAGUGUAGGACCACUACAGGUGGUGUCGCUAGCACCGUCGGUCAACGUGGUGGACGGGGAGGACCCCCUGGUAGCCACAGGAGGGCGUCUCUGAGUGGGUGGAUCCCCCUGGAUAGGCGAUACAGGGGGGGUGGUGCAUAAAUCAGGUGUGUGUUUGGUCACCGGUUCCGCAAAGGUAACCUUGGGGGGGGAUUCCCUAUUUAUAGGUUGAGGGGGGGUACUCUUACCCACUAGCCCCUCAACUAUGGUGCAUGUCCUCCCGGCUUGGGGCGAGAUAGAACCGGGAGAGGCAUGUUUAGGUGAAGAAGCGGAACCGGUUGUGAUGAUAGUGUUUAGGGCGCCCACGCUGUGGCUCACAGUGUCAGGUGCAAGUAGCCUGCUCUCCGCCUCGGACCAGGUGACCCCAUAAAAAUUGGCAUAGGUGGCUAUAUGGAUAGCCUUCUUAUAGGAGGGGCACCCCUGGUAGGAUGCAGAGUGCUGGCCGCCACAGUUGGCGCACAAACGAAAUUUGUUUGUGCACCUUCUUUGGCAAGUAGCGCCGGCGCAGCGGCAGCAAGAGGUGGUAUUAGAGCAUUUACCCCUGCUGGCUAUAUGACCAAAGCCCUGGCAAUUGAAGCAACGGGCAGGUGUGACGGGGCAGGGACGAAUGUCAAGGGUGAUACUGGUGUCCUUGACUAAGAUUUUAUUUGGGAUUGGUACGGACGCUAAAAAAGAGAUUUUGACCAGUCUCGGAAAGCCAGGUGGGGCAGGGCGAUAAGGCUCAACCCUUUCCAAAUUAGUGAUCAGGAUAUCAGAGAUAGAGAUUGCAGGUUUAAAAGAAAGAGAUGUCUGAAGUUCCAUCAAAUCCUGGCUUUCCGGGAUCCCUGCUAUAUAACCAUGAACCGUCCUCAUGUUCGACGGGGAUAAGGCCCGGACCGCGACUUUGCCAAGAUAGAAAGUACCCCUAGAAAGGAGGGUGGCAAGCGCUUGAGCGGACUUGAGCUGCAAAAGCACGCAGCCAGACGCCAGGGGCACCGCCCGCUCAACUAGUCCGGGGAGUACCCCCGCCAAACCUGAGGCCAAUUGAAAAAUGGUAAGACGAGACAUGAUGGGGGCUACACUUCCAGCUGACUGGAGGAGGCACUUAAAGGGCAUGGUGUUAUGAGAUAGGUGAUGCCUAUCCGACCCUGAACGUGCCUCCCCUAGUAAAGGGGUCAGGUUUUGACACUGCCCCUUAGAUGGGUAGAUGGAUGCUCUUUUGUAGGACAACAUAUUGUAGAAAUGAAAAUGAAAUAAAGAAGGAACGACGCUAGUUUCGUGGAAAUCUUAGAUGUUAUGUGUGUGAUAUAAUAAUGGUUUUUAUUUGACACAGCUCUCAAUACGUAUAAAGCACUAAAUGCAGGCACCGCACCGGCAAACAACCCAAUAUAGUUUAUAUAAGUAAAUAAGGUAGUUAAUUUGUCAUUUGGUAAUGUUUAAUUUAUACGAUGAAGAAGCCAAAAAUAAUUCCGAAUACCAAAUGACGUCCGAAAUGCUGCAAGUUUUAGAAAUUUACGAAAAAACAAAAAAAAAAGAAUCAAUGGACGGGUAAGGGACAGUGCGGCGUAGUGGAUAGAUGUUCUGGUAUUGUUGUGGCUCUCUGGUUCGUCUGUUUCUCUUUGUUUUUCUUUGAAGUGGCGGUUAAUCUUUAUUUACAAAAAUUGAUCUCUGUUCAAAAUGGCUGCCGGAAACACGCUGUCCCAAUUAAAUCUUGGUCGAGUUUUAAACUGGGUUGUGCCCGGUCAAAAACUAGGUCACUAGGUCAAAAAAAAAAGAAAAAACUUGUAAACACUGUAGAAGUCACAUUUCAUGCCCAAUCUUUAUGUAACUUUGUCAAAAUGUUUGUCUUAAUGAUAUCUUGGUUGAGUUCAAAAGUGGUUCCGGUCUGUUGAAAACCAUGGCCACCAGUAAGCGAGGCAGUUUUCCUUAUUUGGCUAUAGAGAAACCUUGUAAACACUCUAGAAGUCACAAUAUUUGUUCAAUCAUCAUGAAAGUUGGUCAAAACAUUAGUUUUAUUGAUAUCUCAGACGAGUUCGAAAAUGGUCCAGAUCGGUGAAAAAACAUGGCCGCCAGUGGGCGGGGCAUUUGUCUCUGUAUGUAUAUAGUGAAAACAUGUGAACACUCUAGAAUUCACAUUUUUUGUCCAAUUUUCAUGAAAUUUGGUCAGAACAUUUGUUUUCUUGAUACGAGAGUUGAGUUCGAAAGUGAUUCCGGUCAGUUGAAUAACAUGGCUGCCAGGGGGGGGGGGGGCAGUUUUCCUUAUUUGGCUAUAGAGAAACCUUGUAAACACUCUAGAAGUCACAAUUUUUGCCCAAUCAUCAUGAAAGUUGGUCAAAACAUUGGUUUGAUUGAUAUCUGGACGAGUUCGAAAAUGGUCCAGAUCGGUUAAAAAACAUGGCCGCCAGUGGGCGAGGCAUUUUUCUCUAUAUGUAUAUAGUGAAAACAUGUGAACACUCUAGAAAUCACAUUUUUGGCCCAAUUUUCAUGAAAUUUGGUCAAAACAUUUGUUUCCUUGAUAUGAGAGUUGAGUUCGAAAAUGGUUCCGGUCAGUUGAAUAACAUGGCUGCCAGGGGGGUGGGGGGGGGGGGCAGUUUUUUGGCUAUAAAGAAACCCUGUAAACCCUCUAGAAGUCACACUUUUUGCCCAAACAUCAUGAAAGUUGGUCAAACAUUUAUUUUAUGGAUAUCUCGGACGAGUUUGAAAAUGGUCCACAUCCGUUAAAAAACAUGGCCGCCAGUGGGCGGGGCAUUUUUCUCUAUUUGUAUUAUAGUGAAAACAUGUGAACACUCUAGAAGUCACAUUUUUUGCCCAAUUUUCAUGAAAUUUGGUCAGAACAUUUGUUUCCUUGAUAUGAGAGUUAAGUUUGAAAAUGGUUCCGGUCAGUUGAAUAACAUGGCUGCCGGGGGGGGGGGGGCAGUUUUCUCAUAUUUAUAUUGUAAAAAAAGCUUGUGAACACUCAAAAAGUCACAUUUUUUGCCCAAUCAUCAUGAAACUUGGUGAAAAGAUUGGUUUUAUAUUUAUCACAUACUGGUAAUUAAUGCCAUAAUUAUUGCCCUUAGAUUGUUCAAAUUUUCAUUAUAUUAUACAAAAUCCUUGUAAACACUCCAGGGGUCACAAUUUUGUUUCAGAUUUUAUGAAUCUUGGUCAUAAUAUUUAUUUUUGUAAAAGUUUGAUGUUUGGUAAGGGGAUAUCAACUCAAAAUAUAGGUCACCAGGUCAAAUCUUACAAAAACAAAAUCACUCCAUAUGCCAGAGUUUUGGGUUCAAUAAUGAUGAAACUUGACCAGGAUGUUUGUCUGGACAAUAUUUAGGUCAAGUUUGACGUUUGGUAAAGAUUGAAUGAACCGACUCCUCUGAGGUGAGCGAACUUGGCCCUCUUGUUUGAUUAUUGUUUUGUGUUUUGUUACGGAUGAAACUUGUACAUAUGCAAGAUGUGCUUGCAAAUAUUUUUUAAUACAAUAUACGUUUAUUUCUAUACAUGAACAGUUAUAUUAUAAACACAACAUAUGUUUUACAAAUUAUGUCCACUGACUACCACCCUGACUAUGCCCACCGACCACUACACUGACAAUCUGAUCAUCUGCUCCUGAUACUGUAACUUUCAAUCAACUUGUGCUAAGUGUCAAACUGACAACCAACGGCCUUUAGUAUGAGCUAUGUUGCCUUAGCAAAAUGCCGACUAUGUUACAUAAUGCAUCGGUCUAAUAUGGGUAUUGAUUCUGCAAUUUUACCUUCAUAGGUACAUACACCUCUUCAAGGAAAAAAAUGUUGUCAUGUCAAUGUUAAGAAAGGAAGUUAAAGUUACAGGAAUAAAUUGUCUUUUUAUA